GCGCGGAUGGGACGGAAGUCCACUAGUUCACAUCUAAAAGCCGGUUUGCGUCUGUAAUAUUGGUGUAUUAAUUCUCAGGAAGCCGCGAGAAGGGGAGGAAAGGAGGAGGGAGAGAGGGAGAGAGGGAGGGCAUACAGUGGGAGAGGUCGUCGUUGGCGGCGCGAUGGACCCGGCUGCGGCGAUCGACGGCUUGGCGCGCUAUGGUACCGGUGAAGUACAACUUGGGGGAGAAGCCGCAGGAGAGCGGCUGAAUGGCGACUGCAUGGCAACCACGUGGAGCGAUGGCUAUGGUGGCCGGUGGGACACGUGGGCUGAUUGCUAUCGCGGCCUGUGGGACACGUGGGCCGACGGUAGCGAAGAUGGAGCUUGUGGUGAUCGAUAUGGCGGCCCAGCUGAUCGAUGUUGCGACGAAAAAAAUGAGGGGACGGCGAUCACGACGGCUAUGGCUAUGGUGGGUGAGGAACCGUUGUCACUUCUUGGAGGAGGAAGGAGAAGAUGUGCAGGUUGCUGGGGUGAUGGCUAUGAUGAAGGUGAAGGAGCCGGAUCUAGCGAGUCAUUGCGUGGGGAGAAGUCGGUGAAUGACGGAGUGGGAGGGCGGGUAUCAAUGGCGAACGGCGUUGGAGAGGAGAGAAGAGGGAGUAACAGCGCGUGGAGAGAUGCCUGUGGUUGCGGGCGGGCACGCCGCCUAACACGGCGUCUGUAUCCAUUUUCCGGUUCCUUCAUGGCUGCGGUGGUGCUCUGUGUCUUUCUCUGCUGCUGUGCAAGCAAUGCUUUCUCUGACAAAGGAUAUCGCAAAAACUGUGAAGGGGAAGGAAACCAACCCCUUCGAAGGGAGGCGAAGCACGAAGAGCAUGCCUCUCUGACGAGAAGUUGCCUUAUGGUCGGAGUGAACGGAGGGUUGGCUACUGAAAGAGUGCUUUUGACCCGGCUCAUGUGGCCGAAUGUAUUACGCAUUUCGUGUGGCUGGCCCAGCAAUGAGAAGUUCGGUGAUGGGAGUUGGGUGAGUGAUAAAGAUUUUGUUGUGAGCAGCUUGCCCAGUUAUCCGGCUAACGUCGCAUCAGGCAGAGAUGUUUACAACUUCUUCAAUAACGAGACAAUAGGCGAGUAUCAGUUUCCAUUGGCUUUCCCUUGGAGGACGUGCCGAAGAUUCAAUGAAUCGGGGUUGGCGUACACCAUACCAGUACCCCAAGGUCAGUUUGUGUUAAUGAGGCUGCAUUUUGCGUUCAUCAAUAGCACUUUAAAUGAAAACCACUUCAAUGUCAAUGUAAAUGGCUUGGUAAAUGUGACAACGGUGGGUCGUCGGCUUCCAUCGGCAGAGGGCUACUCUUUUUAUAAAAACGAUACCAGCAACGGGGUGAUAGUAAUCACUAAGGAGUUCCUGUUUUACCCCUGGCAACCUAACAUUAAUCUGAGCUUUUCAGACUACAAUGGACCGUGGGCGCAGAUCAAUGCGAUGGAGGUGAUACCCGUAGAUGAAUCAUACAGCCGUUUUUUCUCGUACUGUCAGCUUGAGAAGGACAUGUUCUUGCGACUCGAAGGGCGUCUAAACUGUGGAGGUCAUGUCGAGGGGGUGCGCAACAACACAGACGGGAAUCCAUUUUGGUGGGACUCUGAUUCGUCACUCUUCAAUAGAAGUAACUAUAGGACACGGAUUGUGAGCGACUCAAGUUAUGCUUUUGUAAGAGAUGAAUUGCCUUGGGUGCCAGGCAAUGUUUGGAGCACGCAACGCGUUUUCGAUAAUGUAAGCGUCCUGUACGGCAUCGAGACGGAACCGGCGGCGCAGUAUCUCAUGAUCCUGUACUUCUUGCAGCUUAACAGCACGAAACCGGUCGCUAGCACCAUUGACAUCCAAAUCGAUGGACUCCCUGUCAACGCAUCGUACAAGGUUUUCGAGAGCUUGGCACUGAAGCUUUUCCGUCCAGGGUUUGAUCGUCCAUCACGCAGGAGCGUUCGGCUUAUUUUGAAUCCGAAUGAUCCUAAUGACAUCGUUAUCACAGCCGUGGAGCUGUAUGGGCAAAUACAAGCCUUAGGCCCUUCUCCUGAAACACAAGCUACUCCUCAAGAUAUUCCGUAUGUUACAGGGUCCCAACGACCAAGCUCUGAUCCUUGUAUGAGCCCAGUCCCAGACGGCUACACAUGCAACUACGAGUAUGGGCAACGACCAACAGUCGUCUCCUGCAACAUUACAGGGCGUGAUGCUGAAGGGAAGAUUGACCCAAACAUCCUUUCGUUUGUCAAUUUGGAAACACUGGUACUUAGCAAGAACAGACUCACAGGGGAGAUACCGUCGGACAUUGCUAAGCUCUCAAAGUUGGUAACGCUGGACCUCAGCCACAACAACUUGACAGGGGAAAUACCAGAGUCCUUGGGGAACAUCGUCAGCUUACAGAAUUUGAACCUCCAGUACAACAAUCUGAGUGGGGAAAUCCCUACGCCACUGUCGACUCCGGGUAAUCGCACGUUCAUGUUAGAGGAGGGCAAUUCGCAUUUGUGCCGUCAAGGGUUAUGCCAUUCUCCCAAUGGGUCCAACGGGUCUCUGCCUUCAGAUCAAUCAAAUGACAGUUCCAAGUCAGCAGACAGUGGGAGUCCUGCAUUGUCUUCCGUACCCUCGCCGAAAUCGCCAUCCACUUUGAGCAGGACACUCAUUCUGGCCCUUGCUCUUGUCAUUCUUGUGAUUGCGGGAACAGUAGUUGCAAUUGUCAUGGUGGCACAUCGGAUGCCAAAGAGAAACAAACCCGUGGAGAGUCCUUCUCCUUCGGUACGUCUGGUCGACCGGAAAGGCCAAAAGAGACACCACAAUGCAAUUUCAGGGAUGCAGCCAUACUGUCAAGUAUUCACGUAUCUUGAACUGAAGACGGCAACAAACAACUUCUCAGAGGAACUUGGGAGGGGUAAUUUUGGACGUGUAUAUAAAGGUGUCCUUAGCAAUAACCAGGCAGUAGCAGUGAAAAUCAGGAAAGACGAGGCGUGCUCUCGCCAGUCAGAAUUUGUGAAGGAAAUCAAGACAUUGUCAGCGCUUAACCAUAAAAAUCUUGUCAGACUGAUUGGUUACUGCAGUGAGGGGAAAGUGCAAGCACUUGUGUAUGAACAUGUUGGCAAUGGCAAUCUGGAGCAGCAUUUGCGAGAGGGUAAACUUGAUUGGCAGACCCGACUGAAGAUCUCUCUUGGGGCAGCUUAUGCGGUGGAGUAUUUGCACACGCAGGCGUAUCCUGCUGUGAUUCAUCGAGAUAUUAAACCAGCGAAUAUUAUGUUGGAUGAGAACUUUGAAGCCAAGGUCACAGAUUUUGGCCUGUCAAGAGUCAUCAUCAAGGAAGAGACAACCACCAUGUCUGACACAGACGUCAGAGGUUCAACAGGCUCGUCCUCAGUUGAUGUUACGUACGAUCGAUUCAAUAAUUGACCCACGGAUGUGCGUCGAUCCAGCAGAUAUGGAAUCUAUAUGGGUAUUGGCAGAUUGUGCGAUGCUUUGCUGCGAGCCAUAUGGACGCUUCCGUCCCGUGAUUAGCAAAGUGGCGCGUGCCAUUGAGAUGUCACUUGAGGUUUUCAAAGAGCCCCAGCACUUGGGUAACAUGCCCACUUCGCGGGGUUGAUGUAGAGUUUGCCUUUUUGGCAUUUAUAAUCCACCCCUCAGGAGAGUUGAAGAGAGAAGGGGGGAUAGAGAGGAAAGAAAGAGCGGAAGGGAAGGUAGGAAGGAGAAAGAGGGUGCGCGAGGGAAGGUGGGGGAGGGAGGGAGGGAGGGAGGAAUGUGGAAGACCUUUGGGAUGACUGGGCGUGGCGCUGCAGCUGUAGAGUAGAGCAUUCUCAUUGUCGUUUGUUCUGUGCUUUUAUGAAGUUUUAUCAUCUUUAUUUAGGAAAGUGUUCUCGGGAUUUUCAUUGUUUGGAAGCCCCAUGCGUAUUAUAUUGUUGAAUUUACCAUCAUGAUAGCGAACAUUCCGGCCUAUGUGAUUUGUCGCAAACAUUCUAAGAAGGACACAGCUUCGAAAGAAAAAUACUGCUCUGUGGCUGGGCAAUGGGGCUGCUGCAUUGAUAUAUAUAUUCAGCCUCCUGAUGAGUCGGUGAAACUCCGACGAAACAGUUUGUCACAGCCCCUCGUUUGUUGUCCUCUUCUCUCUCUCUACCGGGCAGUUCUAUUUGUGACGAUAUAUAUACAAUAUAUACCUCGCACGGCGGGUAGUUUGGCGGCUGCCUUGUGGACUGGUCAGGUUUCUCCCCUUGCAUCCUUACCAGGGAGAAGGCCGAUGGUGGUGGGAGAAGAGGCUAUAUAUAUUAUGUGUUAUGUGGAAGAAUGCGCUGACUCAGAGCCUGUUGCACACUCUGUUGCUUGGAGCUGAUAGCUGGCGAACUUGACACCGUGCAGAACAAGGGCAAGGACUGUUUCAUUUUCUGGCAUCUUCCAACAGGCGGUUCUGCUGAAAGUGCGUUACCUCCCAGAGUAUUCUUCAUUUCGGUCCUGGGGAGACAGGCAGGGUGGGUUGUAUUGCAUCCAGAGAGGAAGCAGCCUCUAGAGUCCAGAGGAGGAGCAGCUGGAGAGGGCAAGUGGUCCCUGAGCAGUGAGAGAGAGAGGAGAGGAGGUGAGAAAGGACAGCGAGGGCAAUUGGAUAUAGUUUACCCUUGAAUCAGGGUACGUAAUAGUUUUUCCCACUUUGUUUAUUGUUUACUAUGUCCUUUGUUUCUAUGCUUCUUUCUCUUCUUCAGGGACAAGCAGCCAUGUGCUCUUCUGUUGUCCAUUUGUUGUUGUUGCUGUCAUCACUAGGUAACACCAUAAGCUCUUGAAGAGAAGUGAUCCCGGAGCAGGAGCGGAUGAGAGAAUAAGCUAAAGCUAUUGUUGUAUAGAGAAAGUUGGAGAGCAGUAGUCAAAGGGAUUGUUCUUAUUGAGUUAUUUCAACUUAUUUGAGUAGCAUGUAGUGGGCUCUUCUACUACACUUUCACCUUAAUUUAAUGGUCCUUUCAGGUAAAUGGCCGCAACUUCGGCCUUGAUUAAUUAGCUACUUCGUCAUCGUCGUUGUAUUCCGCCUCCUCCUCCCCCUCCUCCUCCUCCUCCUCCUAUGCUGCUGCUGAUUGCUUGGCCAUCUUCUCCUUGUAUUCUUUCCUUACGUCCCUCCGUCCCUCUCUCUCACACACAUGUGCAUAAAAUUGCCAUAAAUGGGUGGAGUGGCAGGAGUGCAGCUGCGUGCACGUAUCUGCACAUUGAUUUCCUUCACUGUGUCUUGAUUGACAUUGGCAGGUGCUUCAUAGAGGUGGUGGUGUUUCUAAACGUUAGGUCCUUGUUUAGCUUAUUUGUUUUUCCUUCUCUUCUUUAACUAUUCGUUUUCCUUUGCAUGUCAAAUUUUAUAGCCCGUAAAGU